AUGGGUUCCAUAGCACUUCCCCCUCUAACCUAUAUGAUGAAGAGGAACUGGAGAUCAGCAGUCCAGAAGAAUUCUCUUUUUUCCAAGAAGACCUUGUGGCAGAACAGUUGACAUACAUGGAUGCGGAACUCUUUAAGAAAGUUGUUCCCUACCACUGUUUGGGAUGCAUUUGGUCUCGAAGGGAUAAGAAAGAAAACAAGCACCUGGUACCUACCAUCAGAGCCACCAUCUCUCAGUUCAAUGCAGUUACCAAAUGUGUUGUCAGCACUAUCCUGAAGAGCAAAGAACUCAAAACACAGCAAAGAGCCAAAAUCAUUGAGAAGUGGAUUCAUAUUGCACAUGAAUGUAGGAUCCUGAAGAAUUUUUCCUCCUUGAGGGCCAUCAUUUCAGCACUGCAGUCCAACUCCAUCUAUCGGCUAAAGAAGACCUGGACGUGUGUUCCAAAGGACAUAAUGCUGAUGUUCGAAGAACUGUCUGAUAUCUUCUCAGACCAUGACAAUUAUUUGACAACUAGGGAGCUGCUAAUGAAGGAAGGAACAUCCAAAUUUGCGAAUCUGGACAGCAGUGUGAAAGAAAAUCAGAAAAGGACACAGAGGCGACUGCAACUUCAAAAAGAUAUGGGAGUAAUGCAAGGCACGGUACCUUAUCUUGGUACCUUCCUCACUGAUCUCAUCAUGCUUGACACAGCCCUUCAGGACUAUAUCGAGGGUGGCCUGAUAAAUUUUGAGAAGAGGAGAAGGGAAUUUGAAGUAAUUGCCCAAAUUAAGCUCUUGCAAUCUGCAUGUAACAGCUAUUGCAUCACACCAGACCAAAAAUUCAUUCAGUGGUUCAGGAGACAGGAGCAUUUAACUGACGAGGAGAGUUACAGCCUUUCACGUGAGGUUGAAGCAGCUGCUGACACUAGCACCACAUCGCCGAAAUCUCGGAAAAGCAUGGUGAAGAGGUUCAGCCUACUGUUCCUAGGCUCUGAGGUGAUUGCCCAUAGCACACCCAUCAAAGAGCAACCCAAAUCUACCCCAGGAGGGAGCUCUGGUGAAAGCACGGACUCGGCCAGUGUUUCGUCGUGCGAGCUGAAUCACUCUGAAUCUGAAGACGCCUGCGUCACUCCCAUAGGCACUCCUGAGGAGCCUCAGAAAAAGCUCUCUGAAUCCUCCUCCUCCUCCUGCUCAUCCACCCAUUCCAUGGACACGUCUUCCUCGGGGGUGUCAUCAUGUAUCUCAUCUCCUCCCUUGCCGUCCCCCAACGACAAGUGCUCUGUCUCCGUGACACCCAUUACCUCAAAAGCACCAGCUCCUGUUUACAACCAGCAGAACAAAGACACCUGCAUCAUCCGGAUCAGCACCGAAGACAACAAUGGCAAUAUAUACAAGAGCAUCCUGCUAACUAGCCAAGACAAAACUCCUGCUGUCAUCCAGAGAGCUAUGUUGAAGCACAACCUGGAAUCUGACACAGCUGAGGAUUAUGAGCUUGUACAGAUCAUCUCUGAGCACAAAGAGCUGGUGAUCCCAGGCAACGCCAACGUGUUCUACGCCAUGAACACCCACGUCAACUUCGACUUCCUCCUGCGGAAAAAAGCUUCGGUCAAGGGGCAGGUGAAAAUAAGGAGCCACUGCAGCCUGACACUCGCCAGAACUGCGAAACGGGGGUGUUGGAGCAGCAGGCUCAGCAAAAUCACACUGUGA